AAAUGGAGGGAGACGUCACUUUUUGAGCUCAAAUUUGGUGAAGAUCGAGACAUUUGGGAUCUGCAUUGUCUGCAACUAUUCCCCUCAGCCCAUUUCUUUAGUUUUUUUUAUCAUUUUAUUUUUUAAUCAUUGAUCCUAUUUAGCUCGUCGUUUUCCUCUUCUGCAACUUUAAUUCUGUUCAACAUCCAAAACCCUAAGCUGGGUUGUCUCUUAAAGGUCGAGUGUUAUCUACUGUUCACCUGGUCUGGUUGUUCUUGCUAGUGGGCUUUUGUUUAUACUUCGUUUCUUUUCAUUUUUGUUUUUUUUUUGGCUAUAGUUAUUUUUUAACUGAAUCUAUCCUAUCCAAUCCACCCCAUGGUAAUAUUUAGAAAGUUAAAAGGAGGGAUGAGUGUUGGUUUGGAUUUAUUGAAUAAUACCCACAUGGUUUAGAGCUUUACAACUGCAGAUACCUUUCUCCAUAAUGGUGGAUUCCCAGCUGGGUAGCUUGAAGAGCCUUAGGUGUGGAGAAUACUCCUCAACCCAUCUUUGGCUUUACUUGCUGCAUUAGGACUGGAAUGCAGAGAGMUGAAGUGGGUAGUUGAGUUUUUUAGUGGGGGAUCUGGUUUUCUGUCACUCAACUUGGGAUGGGUCGUCUUGGUUUCGUCUUCUUAAGAUCUGGUCCAUCUGGAUUGUGAAGAUUUCUUGAGGUUAUACGGCUCUGUUUCUUGGAUUUGGAACAAGUUUUUCUUUUGUGAAUCUAAUCCUCCAGAGGGGGAAAUGGCUCCGAGCUUGGAUUUUUCUGCUUGGUGGGUGAAGGAGACUCGGAAGGGAACUCCAGUUGUUGUCACAAUGGAGAACCCCAACUACUCACUUCUAGAGAUUGAUGGUCCAGAUGCUGCAUUCCGGCCGGUCGACAAGGACCGUGGUAAGAACGCGAAGCAAUUCACAUGGGUCCUUCUUCUCAAGGCCCAUCGAGCUGCUGGUUGUGUUGCCUGGCUUGCAAAUGUCCUGUGGGCGUUGCUUGGGACUAUCAAGAAAAGGUUGAUUUUCAGGCAGGGAGUCGCCAUGGAAAGAGAGAAGCUGGAGAAGGGGAGGGUGCUGUUCAGAUUCAUUCGAGGCUUCUUGGCACUCUCCUUGGCAACUCUGGCUUUCGAGGUGGUUGCUCACUUCAAUGGUUGGCAUUAUUUCCGGAGCUCUAAUUUGCACAUCCCCCAUACCUCAGAGAUCCAGGGUUGGCUACACAUGGUGUAUGUUGCCUGGUUGGAGUUCCGAGCAGACUACAUUGCACCCCUAAUUCAAACUCUUUCAAGCUUCUGUGUUGCCCUCUUCAUAAUCCAGUCUUUGGACAGGAUGAUUUUGUGUCUUGGGUGCUUCUGGAUCAAAUACAAGAAGAUUAGGCCAAGGAUUAAAGGGGAUCCAUUCAAGACAGAGGAUGUUGAGGGAUCUGGCUACGAGUACCCCAUGGUUCUUGUUCAGAUUCCAAUGUGUAAUGAGAGAGAGGUAUAUGAACAGUCUAUCUCUGCUGUCUGUCAACUUGAUUGGCCGAAAGAAUGUUUACUAAUCCAAGUUCUUGAUGACUCGGAUGAUGAGAGCAUCCAGUGGUUAAUCAAAGGGGAAAUCUCCAAGUGGAGCCAACGUGGUAUAAACAUUAUAUAUCGGCAUCGCUUGGUUAGAACUGGUUACAAAGCUGGGAACCUCAAGUCUGCAAUGAAUUGUGAUUAUGUGAAGGGGUAUGAGUUUGUUGCAAUAUUUGAUGCAGAUUUUCAACCAAAUCCAGACUUCCUUAAGAAGACAGUUCCACAUUUUAAGGACAAUCCUGAACUGGGAUUGGUUCAGGCCCGAUGGGCAUUUGUAAACAAGGAUGAGAACUUGUUGACUCGGCUUCAAAACAUUAAUCUGUGCUUCCACUUUGAGGUGGAGCAGCAGGUCAAUGGUGUAUUCUUAAACUUCUUUGGUUUCAAUGGGACAGCUGGAGUCUGGAGAAUCAAAGCGCUGGAGGAUUCUGGAGGCUGGCUUGAAAGGACGACAGUAGAGGACAUGGACAUAGCCGUCCGUGCUCAUCUAAAUGGUUGGAAAUUUAUUUUCCUUAAUGAUGUGAAGGUCCUUUGUGAAGUUCCUGAAUCCUAUGAGGCUUACAGGAAGCAGCAACAUAGAUGGCAUUCAGGUCCCAUGCAACUUUUCCGAUUGUGCCUUCCAGCUAUCAUAACUUCAAAGAUAUCAUUCUGGAAGAAAUCAAACUUAAUACUUCUAUUCUUUCUCUUGAGAAAACUUAUCCUCCCAUUCUAUUCUUUCACAUUGUUUUGCAUAAUCCUUCCUCUAACCAUGUUUGUACCUGAGGCUGAGCUACCCAUGUGGGUCAUCUGUUAUAUCCCUGUUUUCAUGUCAUUCCUCAAUAUCCUCCCGGCUCCAAAAUCAUUCCCCUUCAUUGUUCCCUACCUGCUCUUUGAGAAUACUAUGUCGGUGACCAAGUUCAAUGCCAUGAUAUCUGGAUUGUUCCAAUUGGGGAGCUCAUAUGAGUGGAUUGUCACCAAGAAGGCAGGUAGGUCAUCUGAGUCCGAUCUACUAGCUGCAGCAGAGAGGGAAUCGAAGACAAUGAGCCUCCCACAGCUCCACAGAGGAGCCUCAGAGAGUGAACUGUCUGAGCUCAAUAGAUUGAAAGAACAACAAGAAGCACCUCCCCCACCUUCUCGGAAAAAGAUGAACAAGAUUUACAGGAAAGAGCUUGCUCUAGCUUUCCUCCUACUUACAGCAUCAAUUCGCAGCCUUCUAUCAGCACAAGGGAUCCACUUUUACUUUCUACUCUUUCAAGGGAUUACCUUUCUCCUUGUAGGUCUUGAUCUAAUUGGGGAGCAAAUGAGCUAAUAAAAGACAAAUACCAAAGAAGAAAAUGUUUAGCAGAUAGAGUGGAAAAAGAAAGACCCUUCAGUCCUAGCCAUCAGUUCUGCAUUGUGGCAGGAAAAUCAUAUUGGCAGUUAUACGGAGGAAGUUACAAUCCUUUGCCUUGGUGGAUGGUGGGAGAAGUUAAGAAAGUUCCUCCAAUUCAAGUAAUGAGCUAUAUUCCUCUUAUUUAAUUUGAAGUGCCCUAAUAGGAAUUUUAUUUUUCACUUUCUCCAUGCUUCUCUCCGUCUCCAUCUUUUUUCUUUCUUUAAAUUUCAUCUGGGGUCUCUCUUCUCACAGAAGACAUUUUUCUUCAGAUCUUGAGAUUGAUGUUGUUAUAGGUAGGAUCAGUCCUUUUUUUUUUACCUAUUCUUGCUUGGGUGUGGUUUGGUAUUUGAGGUUAAGCCCAUCUUAUAUUUGAAGAAUUGAAAAGGAUGAGUGAGCAGGGCCAUUAGGGCAAUUCAAAACAUUAUACAAAGAGAUGUACAACUAUCUGUAUAUUUGCAUUAAUUCAGUUUAUUUAAAGUAAGAGAACAAAAAAUGUUCAAUGGGUC